AUGCCCAGUGUCUUGAACUAUUCUGCAUGGGGAGUUCUUCAGUCGAAGGUUUAAGCACAUCCACAUCUCAAUUUGGAUUCAUUGAAAAAACGUUUGGAGGCAGAACGUGCCAAGCUAUCUCCAGAAUACCUCCGAGUCCCAGUAGAGGCUUUCCCGAAGAUACUCAAGGAUGUUGUCAAGAACAAAGGCAACCGCAUCGAACAACCUUAAUAUAUUCUCGGACUAUCUCCUCUGUGUUGACUGCUUGCAUUCGGAAUCGGAAAUCCUUCAGUUCCUUAUCACUCUUUUUCGGAAUCCUCUUGGCACGGUGCCAUGACGUUUCGAAAUCCCAAUCGUUCUUUCCCAUCGGAGUCUAUUGUAGGCGUCUUUAUCACUAAUCUCCAACGGUAAUUAAGUCGAUUGCUUUGAAAUUUGCAGCAAAUCCGCUUGAAGCUGAAAUUCCUGCGGUCUUGAUUACCGGCGGAGAUUAGUGAUAAGGACGCCGACAAAGGACUCUGAUGGGAAGGAACGAUUGGGAUUUCGAAACGUCAUGAAAUAUAGGAAAGCAUUUUUUUCUGAACUUUGUGUUUGUCUCGUUUCGAAAUUUUUGUACUUGCGGGCAGGACCAACUCGACGGAUGGAAUCACCUGUCCAAUCCCGUUUCUUCUUAUCAUAGAAGGCAAACUGUAGCCGAAACGUAUGGCAACUUGAUUUUCAAAGGCAAUGUCUUAGAAGUUCAAAAACUGCAGGUCACACUUUUAAUUUCAUGCGUACAGUAAGAUUUUUCAUUCAUUUUCAUGAAAACGGCACAGAAUCACAAAAUCUAUGGACAUAAGAAGGAGAGAACAAAAAAGGCAAUUUCAGCUUCCAAUCCUUCUUGUUUGUCAGGUUCAUUUCAAGGUGCUUUCAGAACUUUUAAAUUUGGCCAAACAUGCAGGCAGACUUUUCGCGAGUUGCGAAAGGUCCGCCUGCAUUUGUAAAUGAAGAUUAAUGAACUUCUUGAUGAAAACCCAUCAGUUAUUGCAAUUCAACUGUUCGAACUUUAAAACAACGUGAAAUUGUGAAAUGAUUUCAUGAACUUCUGUAUGUUUUCAGGCCUGUAUCUCCUUAGCCAGCAGAUAUAUUAAAAAGUUGUCAACUACAAAAGUAAAGGCACAUAUUCGCUUUUUGGGUUCAUGCAAAUUUUUCUGGGUUCAUGCCAGGCGGACCUUUUGCGAGUUGCGAAAGGUCCGCCUGCAAUUGUCGACCGAAUUUGAAGUCGGCAUUAAAAUGAGCGCACACAAAGGCGUUAAGAUGAGCGCGCACACAAAGCAAAACCACUAACUGAACUGGAAUUUCACAAAAAAUCGAUAGAUCCGAAUGUGCGCAGCGCCUACUUUGCGUGAAGAUCACAAAAGUGAAGGCGAACGUAUUUUAAGCCCAGCCCCUUUUGUGCGCGCUGCCGCUUAUUUGUUCAUUCAUUGCGGCGGUCCCUCUCGGCGGAUGGUGACCACUUUUUUCCUCUUUCUCUUCCGGUUAUUGACUUUUUUUGGUUGGUAUCAGGCGUUCGGAUAGCGAGAAUCUGUACUCAUGGGUUCGUUCCGUGUGGUUCAUCGGGUCUAUCGGGAGGUUCAUUGUGGUUUGGUUUGGUUUCGGUCCUCUGGAGUUGUAGAGAAGUCGAAUUCUGUUCAGUUGAGCUUCUUCUCUUUUUGUUUCUUGCUUUUUCUUCAAUUUCACUCGUUUCAUCUUCCGUACCCCACACACAAUCAAUGAUUUUUGCAGAUCCACCACACCACGGAUCGUCAAGCUCAGGCUCCACAGGUCAUAAGUCAACCGGUCGGAGCUCACCAUCACCGCCGAUAUCAUGGAUGUGAGUUUAUCCCAUCUUCCAGCUUCUUUAACUAUUUUCCCUUUUUUUCAUUUUCCCCGUGGCAUUGCCGAAGGUGUCGGUGCCAGUGCCUGGCUCCGCGCCGUCGCGGCCUCUCAGUGACCCUGCGUCGUUCUGGCGCAGGUGAGUACGCUGAGUGGAUCGAUAUUAUCGAUUAGUUUUAACUAAUCGGUUAUCGAUCCGACCCGGGAGGGGUCAUGACGCUCUGCGCCGUGAUUAUUGAUUUUUUGAAAAGCGGAUCGAUAACCGGUUGAAAGACUGACUGAUAUCAUUGAUUCGAAGCAAUAUCAGGCUGAUCACUCAACAAUUUCAGAUCUACGAAGAUGUGGAGGGCCCAGAGGGAGGCUGGUGGGCAAACAACAAAUCAAACAACGAAAGAAAGGUACGUUUCAUGAUUUUCGAAACAUUUUUUAAGGUAUGAUCGUUUUCAGAAGACCCUGCGGCGGGCCAAGCGGGAGGACGGUGGGACAACAACAACACAACAACAUCAAAUGGUACGUUUUUCAAUGAAAUUUUGUCAAACGCUUUAGUGAACAUUUUUUUCGAUUUCAAAAUUUUGAAUUUUUAACGUUUUGCAACAUUUUCAAAAUCUCAGAUAGGGCGAGUGAUAAAGGCCUAUAAUGAUGAGCAAGAUGAGAGUUCUAACUGAUUUUUUUCAGAAUACCAGAAUACCGAAAUGACAGUAGAGGACAAACAAACAAGGACAAGCCAACGAGUGUCCUGA